GAUUUUGUUGGAACGGGGGUACGGAACAAUUCAGUGCAACCCAACCUUCCAGCAAAGCCACUUUUUCUCGUUGCCUGGAGCGACAACAAGACACUGCGUGCUGUAUCUGGUUCCGGUGAAGCAGAGUAAGGUACAGUACAACACAACACAAACCAGGGCAACAAGCAGAAGUGCAGGUUGUGAUUGUCUGUUGUCUCUAAGAACCGAGGAAGAACAGCUGAUUCGAAGCAAAGAGGCGAUACUUAGACGACACAAUACCAUACCAUGAUCCGAUAUUCCCCGGGUGCGUUCUUGCUACCACUCUCGUUGCCGUCGUUCUGGACGGGAGCAGGUCGAAAACCAUUGCACGUUGUUCUUUGUGCAGUGCUCUUCAUGCACAACGAGAAAAUAGGAAUAAUACCCGGUCUGCCUCGGGUCCAAGCAUUGGAAUCCUUUUACGCAAACGUCACGUUAAAGGCCAACAACGGCGAUCUAUCGGCCGUCGUGUACCUCCCGAACGGUCUGAAACCCGGCGAGCGAACCUACUACCAAUCUACUCGAUUCGACUGGUCCUCCAUGAUCGGCAACAUCAAACGAAGGACCACCAACCCGCUCACGGGGAAAAAAGAGACCCAUGUUUUGUAUGGGACACAGCAGUGGAGGCUUCCGCACGAUCCGUACUGGACCGAGUCCGGGGUAGGCCUGGCGUCGGAAUUCGGGGUCGGGACGGAUGGAUCCCUGUGCAAUUUCAUGUGCGGAUGGGGCAAGGAAAGCGAGGUGACCAACGGGAUUCUUGGUUACCAGCGGGCGAAGAGCGGAGAAUCGUUUCUAAAGAUCGGCGUCGGAGAGCUCGUCAAGGGAUCUUGUAGCACCUGCGACAGCGCGGAAGACUACAAAUUCAACAGCCCCUAUCGGUUUGCGAGGCCCCCCGUGUGGACGCUGGAAUACGAAGGCGACGGCAAAAACGGCGACCUCCGGUCCAUCAAACUGAGCCACAAAGCCGUACUGGGCGACCGCAAGCCCGGAUACAAGCUCGAAAAGCAAAUCACCCUCCACGACGACCAGCUCUUGGUCAAGAGCACACUGACCAAUCUCGGCGUCGAAGACUUUUCGACGGCGUGGUACUCCCACCACUUUUUUUCGUGCGAUUCCCAUCCGGUUCAGUACGGGCUUUCCGUGGACGUCGAUCUGGCCRCUACCAGUGGCGAGUACAGCGAGCCUUCGACGUGGAGCUGGUCGACCCCCCUGGAAGAUUACGCAUCGGUCUUCGCCACUCCGGGUGAUUCCGACGACGAGGACGAAGCCGACCAACUCGUGCGCAUAGGUAUGCAGCGGGGCGUCGAAUCGAACGUCAAGAUCAAAGCGGAGUUUGUCGACAACGACCAAUCGAAGGGAGCUUUCACGCUGAGAGCCUGCAACACAAAGAUCGAGGAGACCAUUCCGGAGGUCGGCGACGGCUCUUCCGGGAUUUCCAUGUACGCUUACAACCUGUACAUCGAAUCCGGAACGUUUUCUCCUGAGCCGCAAAUCCUGCUCCACCUGAGACCGGGAGAAAGCACGUCGUGGACCCAGCAGCUCGACUUUAGCGACGAUUACCCGGAGGUUCCCCCGGCGCACUCCAGCAACGAGAUGGCGGAGUCACUCCUCUUGCAAGAUUCGGCGGCCAAGGCGGAGUCGACGGCGUUGGUCGGCCACCCCAAGUCCAAACACUCCCACAAAACGAGCGGCAGCGGUGGCGGAAGCAGCAGCAGUAGCAGCACUCGCCAAACGAAUCGAUGGCGCGAGAGCACCGUGGCGAUAACGGCGUACGCCUUGGUCAUUGCCGUGACACUGGUAGCCCACCACCGAUCGAGACGGACCAAGGCUCGGCAUUCGCGGAGCGGCAGGCUUCGGUAUCUUCCGAUACCCGAUGUGGAUCCGAUACUCUGUGACAUCGGAAAACGGGACGCGAGCAGGGACAAACGCAACAACAGCGAUGCUAUCAUUUGAGUUCGGUUCGACCGCGAGGAACUCUUUUCCAUAAUUUUGUUCGGCGUGUAACAUUAAAAAAAAUUAAUACAG